GGGGGUCACGAAGAGUCCAACACGACUAAGCGACUAAACAACAAAACAACAAUGUUUUCAUCUGCUUACAGUGUUCUCCUAAAUAAAUUAUAAUCCCCCCCCCAUUCUUUCUUGAAGUUUUUGAAUUCUUGGUCCUUGAGCUUUGCAGUCAGUUUUGCCAUUUCGGAGUAGACUUAACAGCUUGGUUUGCCAAUCCUCUCCAGAGAGGAUGCAUAAUUUUCUCAUUUUUUUUAUUUUGGGACGAGCGCUUUGGGUCUUGUUUUAUUGCUGUAUUUUUAUAUUGGGCUCUCUGCAUCCUGUUUCUAUUUUUACCUUGCAUGAGGCACCGUAAAAAGCGAUGAAAGAAUGAGGAUAAUGAUGGUGAUGAAAAACAAAAAAAAUUACAGACUCCAAGGACUUUAUUAUACCAGCGAGAAGGGCUUGCAAGCAAUAGCCGGAGAGGCUUGAGCCCAGCAUCUCUUGAUGCAGGAAUUAGGCGCUGACUGUAGAAGACAGCGACACCCGAAAACUAUUUAAAAGCAACGCUGAGGCUAUUGUGAGUGGUGCAAUCCUGAUUUAGAUCCCGGUCCUGUGAACGCCAGACUUUACGGUGACCGAAGCUGAAUUUAGGGCGUGCCUGUAUAUAUUCUGCGAAGGAGCUUCCUCUUGUCAUCAGAGGAAGAUGAGGAUCCUUCUGGUUACGGUUUUGGCUGCCGUCCUUUGGUCAGGCAAAGCUCUCUCGCUGAAAUGCUACUCUUGCAGCACGCAUUCCAACAGCUCCUACUGCAUGAUUCCCACGGUGUGCUCAGAGCUUGACAAGUACUGCAAGACCACAGUUGGGACAUCGGAGACGGGCUCCUCAAGCACGGCACAUGUCUCCAAGACGUGCGCGGCGGAAUGCACCGAAACCAACCACCACGGCGUUUCCACAUCCUGCUGCCAGAGAGACUUUUGCAACCGGAACGGAGCAGCCAGAACGUGGCUUGGCAUCGUGGAGCUGGCCAUCGUGGUUCCUCUUGCCAGCGCAAUUCUCUGGGUUGGACCUUGAAGCUUCAGGCAAAGAACUUUCACCCAGAUGGUUCUCCUUUUCUAUUUGUGGGGCUAUAAAAUUAUAGAUCACAUUCAAUAGGGGGCACUGGGGGCUGGAAAAUUUAAUUCUAAGUGCAUUUCAAAGGAACAUUCCUGCCCUAAGUGCAUUUUCUCUGAAGUUAAAGUCCUGUGGAUUUGAUACAACUAAAUUUGAGCCUCCUUAGGAUUCUCCAGUCUUGUUUUAAUUCCCAGCCUCGAUCGGUUAUCAUCUGUGUGUGAAAAGUGUGUUUUCAUCAAUAAAACACAGGGGUCCAGUAGUGGGAAGUGGAUGUAAGCUUGACAAUCUUUGGGGCUUCUUUUGGAGAGGGAUCCACGAGCCUGUUGAUCUCGUUUCCUCGCUUUCCCAACCUUAAAUUUAGUUCUCCGCAUUGCUGCAUUCGCCUGUGAUUUUUAAAAAGCCCUCUCAA